CGAACUGAAAAGGAUUACAUCUGCGCUGAUCAGGCCUUGAGUCUCCUUGCAUAAAGCCAGAAUAGACGUUCAAGUGGAUGCGGGCGCCUACAUGCUGUCCCGGAGGUGGCAUCAACACUAAUAACCUGAGGCACCAACAGCCUGAGCUCAGGAAAUGGAGUACAUGCGUUUUGUACAGAUAUGUAAAUUUGUAUUAUCAAGUGUAUCAGAAAGGCUAGAGGAUUGCUGACUGACACUACAGUAACCGAGCCAAUGUCAGGGAAGAAGGAGAUGGCCGCGUGCUGUGCGAAAAACUGCCCCAACACCAGCUGCCCCCCGUCGGGCACGUCCGAGCCUGCCCUUCUGCACUCUUUUCCCCGCUGGGGCUCCAGAGGGUACAAGCUGUGGGCAGGUAUGGUGGGGGUGUCCCCUCUCCCUGCUGUGCCAAAACUGUGCUCGCUGCAUUUCACCUCAGAUCAGUACAAAAGAACAGGCGUCAGUCAUGGCCGCACUCUGAGGGAUGAAGACAGCAUGAGGGCAAAGAAACUUAAAAAGAACGCCUUGCCCUCUCUGUUCUAUGACAGCGAUGGAGACCUCUUUGAAAUGGUCCCAGUGACUGUUCCAGAAUACUCAGAUGAGAACCCUGUGGAAGACACAAUAUUGAACGAUGUUAUAGGGGAUCUUCAACCGCCUUGCACAGAGAUCCAGGAAAAAACUUUCUCUACAGUACAUACUCAGGAGAAGACCAAGGAAAACUGCUCCUACCAUCCCCAUUGGGAUGUCCUCGCGAAAGAAACUCCGGUCCAAGCAGAGAUGUCACAUGUCACCUCAUCAAAGUCGUUCAACCACACAAACGCUUUUCUGCCACUAAGACUGAAUGUCCAUCCCAAAAAACCGGACCAACCCGAAGAUGGGAUGAUCAAGGGUAUCUUGAGGCAAAGAGAAAACUUCUCACAGUACCCGAUAAACCAGACAUACAUCCGCCCCGGUGUUCCCGUGAAACGCGUCGUUGCUGUGACUGUGGAGGGCAUUUCACCUGGCCUCAUUCCCUGGCCCUGCAUAGGCGUAAGAGGCAUAGAAGAUGGUCAUUUUACAGGUAUAUCUGUCAGUGUGGACGGCUGUUACGUGGCCGCCUCAGUCUUCUUUAUCAUGAGUUGA